CAGCACGAUGGACACGACAGCUUCUGUGUGUGCUAUUCAUGGUCACUAGCACCCCUACAACCCACGCACAGAGGUCCUCGUCUUCGGCCUCUGUAACCACAGCGCAGACGCUAGCACAAGAAUGGUUUCUUUCCAAUUUCGACGACAACGAGACGCAACUUGCUGCUGGAGUCAAUUCAGCACUGAAAAACGUCACGACCAGCGACGUCAUGUGCUACGGAACUCCAUCCAUACAACGCCGUACCAACGAGGCGAGUCCAAACGGCGGCUGUCCGGCAAUCUACACGUCUGUGAACGCAUCAUGCUCAUGUUUGACGUCUGGAUACUCAGACUCGGACACGUGGGAGUUCCACGUCACGUUAAGGACCGACAAAGACAGCGCAAAGUAUCCAACGACUCUUUCGUCGACAGAUAUUUUAUCAAUCGACUCGAUCCGCACGCUAUUAGUUCCAUCCAACCUCACGACGCUGAUAAUUAUAGGAGAAGGGGUGUAUCCACAGACCAUCACAUUUGUAUCGCAGGACCAAAGUCUGCCAGGAUCGACGCUGCCCAUCGCAAAGACAGUAGACGGAACUAUUGGUGUCACUACAGUGUGA